AUUAAGCGGAGCAGACCAAAAUCCCAAACAAGGAAAUGGUGGGGGAAUAAAACGACCAGAUUAUUUAAUUAAUGCAUGUAAUAAUUAAUAUUUUAUUUUAUUGUAAAUUAAGACGUAUUUAUGGGUUAAAAUGGAUUACGACUUCAAAACAAAGCUGGCGGCCGAGAGAGAGAGAGUAGAAGAUCUGUUCGAAUAUGAAGGUUGCAAAGUGGGUCGAGGCACCUACGGGCACGUUUAUAAAGCUAAGCGCAAAGACGGGAAAGAUGAGAAGGAGUAUGCACUGAAACAAAUAGAAGGCACUGGAAUAUCGAUGUCUGCCUGUAGGGAGAUUGCUCUGUUACGAGAACUGAAACACCCGAAUGUGAUUGCCCUGCAGAAAGUGUUCCUGUCCCACAGUGACAGAAAGGUUUGGCUCCUCUUCGACUAUGCCGAACAUGACCUCUGGCACAUCAUCAAGUUCCACCGUGCCUCUAAGGCCAACAAGAAGCCCAUGCAGCUGCCCCGAGGGAUGGUGAAGUCUCUCCUGUAUCAGAUUCUGGAUGGGAUCCAUUACCUCCAUGCCAACUGGGUGCUCCACAGGGAUCUGAAACCAGCCAACAUCCUGGUGAUGGGGGAAGGUCCUGAACGAGGAAGAGUUAAAAUCGCUGACAUGGGUUUCGCCAGACUCUUCAACUCUCCCCUUAAGCCGCUGGCGGACCUCGACCCUGUGGUAGUGACCUUCUGGUACAGGGCCCCUGAGUUGCUGCUGGGGGCCCGGCACUACACCAAAGCUAUUGAUAUUUGGGCAAUUGGCUGCAUCUUUGCGGAGCUGCUAACGUCCGAGCCCAUCUUUCACUGUCGCCAGGAAGACAUCAAGACCAGUAACCCUUUCCAUCAUGACCAGUUGGACAGGAUAUUCAGCGUCAUGGGGUUUCCUGCAGAUAAGGACUGGGAAGACAUUAGAAAGAUGCCAGAGUACCCGACACUGCAGAAAGACUUCAGGAGGACAACGUAUGCAAACAGCAGCUUAAUCAAAUACAUGGAGAAGCAUAAAGUCAAACCAGACAGCAAAGUUUUUCUCUUGCUCCAGAAACUCCUCACCAUGGACCCCACCAAGAGAAUCACAUCAGAGCAGGCACUGCAGGACCCGUACUUCCUGGAGGAGCCGUUACCAACCACUGAUGUGUUUGCUGGGUGUCAGAUCCCGUACCCAAAACGAGAGUUUCUAAAUGAAGACGAGCCAGAGGAGAAAACAGAAAAGAACCAGACUCAGCAGCACCAGCAGACGACAGGCCAGACUCAGGCCCAGAACCAGCAGCAGACGGCAGCCCAGCAGGCCCCCUCCCAGCAGAGCUCGGCCCAAACCAACGGCACUGCCGGAGCCACGGGGGCCACCGCUGGCGGGGGUCUACAACACGGCCAAGACCAGGGGCCCCCCAACAAGAAACCUCGGAUCGGGCCCUCUGGGGCCUCCUCAGGCACUGGGGUGCUCCAGUCAGAGUACCAGCACUCCAGCUCCCGCCUUGGUUACCAAAGCAACGUCCAAGGUUCCACUCAGCCCCAGAGCACCAUGGGAUACACGUCAUCAUCCCAGCAGAGCUCCCAGUACUCCCACCAGACCCACCGUUACUGAGGCUCCCAGUCCCUCCCGAACCAGCAGAGGAGUCAUCUCCUCCUCCACGUCCACCUCCGUCACCGUACUCCCCCAUCUCCUUCCAGGGCGCCGCUCCCACAUCCUGGUCAGGACCUCCCUCCGUGCAUUACAUCAUUCCAACUCAACUCACCCUCCUUUUCAACCCUCCCUCACCUUUGACCUCUCUCCUGACAGCCUUCACUGUAACAUGAAGGCAAACGAACAUAGGAACCAAAAAGAUGUAACGAGAAGUUCUGCCUCGUCGGGCUGGUGAACUGAGAAUAAUGUAAGAUAGAUGUGAAGGCGUCACACACACAGACUCAUGGCACUUACAAACACAACGGUCCUCACCAGGAAGAAUUGCAGCUGUGUUCAUAUAUGUACAUUAUAUAUAGCACCUUUUUCUAUUUGAUUUUUUUUCUCACUUAUUUGCUAGAGUUUUCAAGUUUACCUUGAUAGUUGAUGUCAUUGUAAAUAUAUGUAUAUGAGAGUGAUUGGAUGAAAAGCAGGAGGAAAAGCCCUUUACUGUCAUCUGUAGUGUAAUCUUACCUUGGAUAAUCAAAAGAAAAGUUUGAGCUAACCCUGUCCUUUUAAGAAAAAAAAACCCACAGUCACAUGUUUCUACACAGAAAGAAUCAGCACUUUAGCUGAUGCAAUUGCAGGGAAAUAUUAAAUGCGCAAUUUAACUUAAUCUUCUUGUUAUAGGGUUUCUAUAUUUAGACCUCUCUUUAUCUAGAUUUGGAUUUGGAAAGUAAGAAAAGUAGACGUCUUUUUACAGCUCUAAGUUCUGUAUAUUCGGAUUCACUCCACUACCUACAUAAGAAACAUUUGACAGACGACAGCCUUUUCAGCGGGCUGGACGCCUCUCGUUUGUGGCCAGCAGCUCUGGACUGGUUCCUUGCUCAGGAGCUGCCGGUGGACACUUCGCUCUGACACACACCUUAUUGAGGACCCUCAAGACUUUCAAGAUUUCUGAACAUGAACGUGCGCAUAAACGUACAGGGCAGCUAACAGUACGCCCCCCCCCCCCCCCCAAUAUGCUUUUUGAGACUGUUACUGCCUGAUGUCACAUUGUUUUUGUUUUUUAAUGUUUUAAUCUUAUUGUUUUCCUGUGAGUGUGUGUGUGUGUGUGUGUGUGUGUGUGUGUACAGUAUGUUUUUAUGCAUGGUGUUUUAUCCUUUUACUUGCUAGAACUGCACUGACCGCUGAACCGAUCUGCAAAGAGCUGGAACAAAUGUGGAGUGAGUUUUGUUGAGCGCUUGUCAACCCUGUGGCCAAGCGCCGAGCAGACAUUUGGUAGAGACUGGGACACGUUCAAAGACAAGAGGUGCGUUCUCUAAUACAUGCCAAGGAGACAGGAGCAACAGUAAUCAAGUAUUAAUGUUAAUGUGCAGCGUAAAUCCUCAGUGCCACCACGACAAGUAUUCUUUUCUAUUAUUUUACACACCGUAUAAUCACAUCCCCAUGUGUCUGUUUUAUUUUUUUAAUUAACAAUUCAAUCAGUGGUGGUGUGUACACUUACUCAAGUACUGCACUUAAAGGGACAGUCCACCCCAAGAACAAAAACCCAUAUUUUUGCUCUUACCUGUAGUGCUGUUUAUCAGUCUAGAUUGUUUUGGUGUAAGUUGCAGUGUUACAGUGUGUUCACACCAGGCGCGAGUAAAAUAUUCGCCUCGCUCUACUCGUGCGAGUUUGACUGCUGGAAUAUUUGUUUUUACUCGCAACAUUCACGCGAGUCAUUCGCGCGAGUAACAGUAGUAAAUCAGACAAGUAUGCUGGCCAGAAAUCGAGCUACAUCGGUUGUGCUAACUGGGGCUAAUGCUAGUGCUAAUUUUGUUGAUAGAAACGUACAGCCGAUAGUUGGAAUCAAUUUUCAAAACUUACCAGGCAGACCGACCUCCUCACUCACUUUCCUCCACACCAGGUCUUUCUUGGUCUGAAGCUUAUAAUUUGGGGACGUAAAAUUAAUGUCAUAAAGCUCAGGGUGGCCUCAAACAGCUAUUAUUAGCUUGUCCUCCAUUUUCGGAACAACGCGGGGCAGUUGUUGACCAUUGAGGUCCAUCCAGAUGUGGCAGAGAAGUGUGUGAAGGCUACCUGCGUUCUCCAUAACCCAGACACUGACAGUGAGGGCAAGCAUCCCAGUUGCCGUCGGUGAAGUGGAGCCUGCAUUGAAUAUUAGCACCAAAAUAAAUAUCCAUCUCUCUCCGGUGAGCUUCGCGUCUUUACGUUGACUUUGUAUGUAAUCUUAUCGCGCGAAAAAUUCACCUUGCACCCGGUGUGAACACACUGUUAGAGAUAUCAGCCAUAGGGAUGUCUGCCUUCUCUCCAAUAUAAUGGAACUAGAUGGCACUCAGCUUGUGGUGCUCAAACUGCCCAAAAAAUACAGUGGAACAUCUCAACAGCAAUGUCUCUUUCCAGAAAUCAUGACCUGGUUACUCAAGAUAAUCCACAGACCUUGUUGUGAGCAGUUUCAUGUGUGCAGUUUCUCCCGAACACCACUUGCCAGCUGUAUCACCGCACAGAAGGAAGUGUGCAUCUACUGCUAGCUCACCUAGCACCACUGAGCUAGCUAACAUUACAGCUCAGCUAAGGAGCCAGGACGCCAUUAAUGUUUACAUCUCGCACUGUAGCAAGCACGAGCCUCACGUCCAUGAGUACAUGCACCCUUCCUUUUGCACAGUGAUACGGUUGGCAGGUGUAGUUCUGUAGUAAGAAAAUAGCUCCCACAUGACAUCUCUACAGCUGAUAUCUCCAACACUCUGCAACUCACACCAAAACAAUCUAGACUGUUAAAUAGCACUAUAGGAAAAAAUAUGUUUUUUAUUUCUGAAUUUGGGGUGAACUGUCCCUUCAAAGGAAUACCUUUAUGUUUUGGGAAGUAGGCUAAUUCUCCUUUUUGCCAAGAGACACCACUCUCGUGUCUGCAUGCUAACGAAACAGCUUCAGCUGGUUAGCUUAGCUUAGCAUAAACACUUCAAACAGAGAGAGCCAGCUGUUUUCCCCUAUUUUCUACCUUUGUGCUAAGCUAAGCUAUAAUGACUGUUUGCUGGUACAAAUUUGAGGUACGGGUGCUUUACGUAAUUAUUUCCAUUUUAUGCUACUUAAAACUUCCGCUCCACUAUAUUUAUCUAAGAGAUCAUGUUACUAAUUACAUUACAAAUUAUGAUUUUUUUUUUUCACAAAACAUCAUAAAAUAUGAUUAAUUUGUCCCUCCAAAAAUCUGUGUAAGGCUAUAACUGAGUCCUAACACAUUAGUUUUGUUUGUGGAGUUAGAAUAUUCCAGCCUCUUUAUAAUGCAAAUUAGUCUGUAUUUUCUAAAUGCAGUGACCCACCUUGUACUUAUUUUUUCAAGAUAAGGUCAGUUCUUUACACAGGUUUAUGUGAAAUGAAAAAACAGUUGAAAUACUCUUACUGCACAUAGAUUUUUUUCAACUUGUUUUAAGAAAACAAGGUCUUUAGGACCCAGUUAUAGUGAGAAUUGUAUUUUAAAGACUGGAGCUUUUGUACUUUUAGAGAUUAACUGCCAACAGUAUAUAAAAAUAUAAAAAAAAGCUGCACCUUAAAUAGCAAAAUGCUACAAACAAUUCAUUCAGUACUUUUACAUUUAAAUCUGAAAAUACUUAAGUAAGAUUUUAUGCAAAGCUUUUACUUGUAAAGAGUGUUUUUGUAUUGUUGUAGUAUUCUUACUUUAGUGAACAAUGUGUUUACUGAACAUAGAACAGACGACACUCUCACUUGAAACAGAUCUUCAAGGGCAAACCUCAAAGUGGGGCUCGCUUUCUAUCCCUCUUCUCAUUUUUGUUUCCCCACAACUUGCUCCAUCCUCACUGGCCCUGCUCGGUCACAUGACUGGCCAGCGUGCAGGUUGUAUUAAAGAACGCACCCAAUGACUCGACUGUAACUGUAACUGCGUUUGCUCCAGUACAGACGUGGACAGCAUGAUGGGGGGGGCCUGUAUUUGGCAGAUGUGUGGCCUGCAGUGGGUUUAGGAAACACUGACACCCUGUGGCUGAAAAGAGAACUGGACCUGAAACUGCAGUUAAACAAGUAGAUACAUGUUUGUUGUUGCAAAAGUUGAAGCAAUUCUCACCAGAGCAUGCAAGAUUUCAAAUGUUGACACUUUGAUCUGGAGUUGUUUGAUUGACAAAAACGUUGACAGACUGGAUCUUCUGUAUUUUACACAUAUUUAAAGCUGCAUUCAUGGAUUUGUUCAGGCCACUUGUGUUCGACAGAAAAAGCAUUAUUUAUCUUUUAUCAACUUAUAAAGUGCUGAAGUCCUGAUGUUACCACUGGGCUCGCCUCUCUUCCACUCGCUUCUCAAUGGAGUCUUUAAUUCACCAUUUCUUUUUUUUUGAGAACAUGUGGCGUGUUCCUGCUGUUUACUACUUGUAUAUUGAGAGAAAUUUGUUUGUGAACUUAAAGUUAAACAAAGACUCAUUUUUUUAUAAAAAAAAAAAAAUAAUAAAAAAAACAAUAGCAACUGAAAAUGUACCAGCACCACAGCAUCAUCAUAAAUAACAGCUCUGUAUACUGAAAAUAUACAAUGAACCAACACAUUCUUACCACUAGCUCGUCAGAUACGGCAGCUUUGUAAGUGGUCCUCUGUUUCCAACUAUGAUGCUCCAGGUACCCCUGUAGCAUCAGUUUUUGGAUGCUCAGGGAUGGUGUGUCAAAUUCCAAUUGUUACAUGCACAAUGUAUUUUUCAAAAUUAGCUCUGUGUUCACAGGAAAUGUAGGUUUCGCCACCAAAACUACUUCAGGUUUAGACAACAAAACUACUUGGUCAGGUUUAGAAAAAAAAGACCAUGUUGGGUUAAAAUAACUAAAUUUUUUACAUAACUAAAGUUAAAUGUCAUGUGACCCCAAGGGCUUAACUUUAGUUUGAAUCCUAUUCAUGCAUUUCCAUGUACAUUUAGGGACUAUGGUAACCAAACAAUAUCAGGGGAAUAAUUAAGUUGGUCAUAAUGCCAAAUUCUGCCAGAAUAGUCCUAAAUAAGCUGAAAAUGCUGCUCCUCUGUGGCAUUUUUUGAGUAAAUCAGAGCAAAAUUAGCUGCUCAAUUCAUAUUCGCAGACACAAUCUGACAGCUAGCCAAACAGUACCAUAUCAAGCAUUAUUUUUAUGGUUAAUAUAUAACCAUAUAAUCCUGUGUCACUGCCUCUGAUGGGCUUGCUUUGGAGUUAGUUGAAAGCCCAGUGCAUCUCAGAUGCUAAAGGGUGUCAUCGGAUGCCAAUGACCACUGAUCGAGCUGCUGUAUUCAAUGCCCUGGUGAUGAGAACAGGCUGGUGAACCACACACAUUUCAAGGCCAGACUUUUAGUCAUUUGCAUCAUAACAAAUGUCAGUCUGAUUUUAAAUUAACUUUUUCUACCUACGUAACAGAACCCACAAGUUCUGGUUUUACUUCAGCUUUCUAUACGGUUGAUACAACUAAUGUAUUAGCAAAAACACAACUAGUAGUCAUGGAGCAACAUGACAGUUAAUUUAGAGUCAUGUUUCUGUCCAGUAUUUACUCUCUUUUUUGCCCUUUUAGCUCUGCUUUGGUCUCCAACUUUUGAAUAUAAACAUCUUGCUCUUUAGCUGCUAGGUAUAUCAUUACUUACGCUAGCUAGUUGCUGACUUAUGCUAGACAGCUAUUUUUCUCACUGAAAGCAGCUUCCUGUGGCUGUAAGUAAGGUGGAUAAGAGCAGGCAAUGUAUUCUCAAACAAUGUAUGAUGUCUUGUGAAAAUACAGACAACAGUUUGUAUAUCUAACAAAUUAGCACCCCACGAAUGAAGUUACGUCCUUAACAUAAAGUUACAUAGGUUUAGGUAAAGAAACAUGGUGAUGACGUACUUUAAAAAUUCACUCAAAGUUCACACGGUUCUCAACACCAGUCUGCUGGGGGAAAGUCUUGUGUCGGAAAGUCCUGUAUUUUGUGAGCCAUCCACCACCCAACCUGCCCCCUUAUGCAGACGACUUCCUAUUUUACUCCCAUUAGCGCAUUGGCCACGCUAUUACAGCCUUCCCAAAUCACUGGGUUAUAAAAAAAUUUCUGGCUCAUGAUUAUGUGGGAUAUAUAUGAAUUUUGGUGCAUUACUUUCAUAGGUAUACAUACAGAUAGUGUAUGAGAGUAGCUUGGAGCAGAGUUUGUGGGCUUGGAAACCAAAACAAAGAGCUAAAAGAGGCUAAAACAGCCAGUAGAUCUGAGGGGAUCUGUGGAGUCCAGUGAUAAUCCUGUGUGGGUUCAUCACUUUAAGCGACCCCUUUCACAUGAAAUUGUCAUUUGUUCCAUUGUUAAUUAAAAAUAUCGAUAAGUGCAGCUUUAAAGACAAACUUCAGGUAAAGAACUUCCACUCAAAAUGUAAAGCGUGUGUUGCUUUAGUAGUUUGAUUCAUCUUGUCCACUCUGACAGGCAGGCAGGCAGAUCCAGGGGGGACUCAGUCUGUUCACUCAUACGUGAUGGGGGUCAAAACCAGCAGCUAUUCAAAGGUUUUCUCCUCCCUUUAGUGUGUGUAUUUGAAGUAGCAGCGAGGAUAUGUUCAGACGCUUUGCUGUAAAUCUCUUUUUCUCUCUCUCCAACAAGCGAGGUGUCACAAGUAUUACAGAGCGCGAGGCUCCAAAUUACUGUCAAACAACUCCUAUGCAAAAAAAUCCCAGACUAAAGCUUUCACUUAGGUUGCUUAGGUUUUGCAGUUGACAGGUUUUAUUAUGUGUCGAUGGCUGAUGUGUGUUCAUUCCUUGUGUAAUAUUGAGUACAGUAGUCGGCGCUCACUUGUGUCCUUUUUUUCACAGCAUUUUAAAAAUUGUACUCUAAAUGAACUAUUGUAAAGAAAUGCAUAUAUAUGGAUAGUAUACAAUCAUAUUUAUUAUUUCCAUACAUCUAUGAAUAAUACACUUUUUUUUUUUUUAACUUUCCUCUGCCUUAACUAUAGUAGCUAUAGAAAGGGACCUCUGUCAGUCGAACCAGGCAUCACUAGACCAUGUUUCUUGUCAUCUUAGAGUCAUUUCCUCUCUAUAUGCUCACAUGAAAUCAAGUCUAGUUACUGAAUGUGUUAAUGCCACCUCAAUGUACAGUAGAAUGAAGGUGACGCCGUCGUUUGGGAUCACUCACCGGCUUCUCGUGUCGCGCGGAUAUUCCACACUGUCGCUGUUUUUUACGGGAAUGAUAAUGAUCCACGUUUUUAUUUGUGUGGAUGGUGCCUUUUUUUUAAGUCCUUCAUCUUCUGAAGAUGUCAUGGGAACUCUGUCAGGAUUUUUUUUAAUUUUGUGUGUGUAUUUCCACGCCUCCUCUGUCAGCUCUUUGGGUCGAUUGUCCUCAAUGUCUUCUUUUAUUUUUUCCUCAUUACUAUGUAGCAUAUUGUUAUUUACACAAUGUGGAAGCUAGCAGCUAAAUAUCUAUGUUUUAUUUCUGUCACACCUCUAAAGACUGCAAACGAUCCCGACGGUGGAUUGUUUUCUCUUCUUCUAGAUGUUGUCCUCACACAUUAUUGAAGCGCAGUUAUAAGUAUGUUUUGAAAUGCUGUACAUAAAAACACAUUUUAAGAAUUUCUCAUUGAGAUAUUGAUACAAUAAUUGUCUUUUAAUGCACUGUUGUCGCUCAAAUAUUUAGUGGUAAAUAAAAGUAUUUAAUGUUUUUUUAAUGUCUUGCUUUAGACACUAAAGUUCUGGCAGUGCUAUGAAAGUUAUAGGGCAGACAAUGCUCCUCUGUGUGUGUAGAUAUAGACAGACACACAUUAGUACACGCCUAAAUGAAAUCUAGUGCACCUCUAGGCCGCUCUCCUCUCCCAUUUCCUCCUUUUUGAUAGUAUUGCAUGUGCCUGUCUUUUUCCAAUGGAGAACGUUAAGCACUUAUUGUCGCCCUCUCUUAACAGUUUGUACAGACAGACAGACAGACACUCCAUCUGCAAAUUUUCUGCGAUGCCUUCAAUGCCCGUCGUGCCGUUCGUACAACAAGCCCUGUCGAGCUUGUGUCACAAAACGUGGUCGCAAUAAUCCUCUCUCCCAUCAGAGCAUCUUUUAAUAAGCGGUUCCUCAUUGUGAGAGAAAUUCAAAGAUGUGGUCUGACAGAAAACAUUUUGUAAUAAUCGGUGAGCUGCAUCAGCAGAAUGCUUUGCAGGUUGGGGCGUCUGUCCACUCUUCUACAUGCUCUCUGUAUUAUGUGUGUGUGCGCGCGCGUGUGAGUGAGUGUGAGAGAGAGUGUGUGUGUGAAAGUCUGGGUGUGUGCGCGCACAGGUUUGAAAUAUACAUAUGGCCUAAAUGUAUUGUCUUUUCAUAGCAUUUAUAGAUAAGGCAGCAAUAGCUAAGCGCAGAAAAAUCCAAAAAAAGAAAAAAAAGAAAAAAAGGAUUUAUUUAGCUGCUUUUAGCAAACUUGUCCAAAUCUCACUGUACAAAUGACUGUUAAAUGAGAAAAAGUCAUGUAUAUUUAUUUUAUAUUCUCUAUUAUAAUAAAAAUCUCUUUUGUCUCAAUCACUUUGAUGUGUGC